UGGCAUCCUACGUGUACUCUGCGCUACUCGCGGUUGACAAGGAGAUUGACGCAGAAGCCAGAUCGGUCGCCACUGAACAGAGAUGCGAGGUGAAUGAGGCAGCACGUGCCAAUCGCCGUUCACUUCCUUCACCUUUGUCUCCAAGUCAAAAUGACGAUUGGUAUUCGUUCAUCCCCCAGCAUUGAAGAUUCCCACACUCCCAACUCAGUCACAGCACAGUAACUCCAUGUCACCCAGCAUCAUGUCGCCAACGAACCAAGCGAAGCACGAAGGAGAAGACACCACAGCUCUGCGCGAGCGACUCGAGGGCCUACCACAAGAGUUGUACAACGAGAUUUACAACUGGACCUUCACCGCCGCCUCCAAAAUCCGCUUUUUCUACGAGCUCCGCUUUCGCGAAGAAGAACCUUCGAUCGAAGGUGCCGACUCCUCUAUCGAAACGCGUAUCGUCCGCAAUCGACUGUUCUCUCACCUGAUGCACGUCGACCGGGCAAGCCGAACGCAGUUCGCAAAAUCCCAUUUCGGCCAAGGAAGCAUUCUGGUAACAUUUGGCUGGAACGACCUUAUUGAAGUCCUCCGCGCUGUGCAAGAAGAUCAUCUGCCUCUGCUGCGGCUGUACGUCAGGGGAGAGCGAUGUGAUGAGCUCGAUUCGUAUCGUCAGCAAUUGUUUACGCUUCGGUGUCAGCUGCGGGGCUUUGACACUGUUGAGCAAAUACUGGUAUUCUCGGGUCUGGAAAAGGUUCUGAAGGAUGAGUUCGAUGGAAAGUAAGAUCAUAUCAGACUACUAGUGCUGCAGCUCGCAGAAUGCUCGCAGUCAUUUUGAGCUCGUUGCACAUACUUUUUGAGACUAGGGACACAGAAGAAAAGCACCAGGAACUUCUUCAAUACCGCCAGAUCGCAUAGCAGGAAAUGCUGGCUGUUGUCACUAGCGUAUCUGAUAAAAAUUGUGCCGAAGUGAAUAGCGCUUCAUCACUCGCGAGGUCUCAUUCACUUUGGACAGCUUCAUUCUCUACUUAUGAUAAAGUAACAGGCCUUUACCAUACGGUCCCAUCUCACUGACCCUCACAGCCCGAGGAACUUGCAAGUAGUACAGCUACCAAAAUGUCGCCAAACAAACCCACGACCAUGUCUACAUCAAAACCUUCAAGAGCUUCAACACCCAACAGCACUCCAAACACUCCCACUUUUCACGAUCGUGUACAGUC